AGCAAAUCCAAGCUGAACUCCAACAAAGAGAGGUCCACAGAGUGGCUGUCCCCAUGGCAGCCGAGCAUGGCACGCUGUCGCGCCUGAGCUGUCACGCCGAGCAGCUGCGACUCUCAUGCCUCGUGCUCGUCGGCCGCCCAGUGAGGACUCAGAUGAGGUCCUGGCCGAGUAUGAUGAGGCGGAGGCCGUACGCUUGAAGACACCCUCACCCGAGUACGAGGAGGAGCAAGUGGCUCCAGGUGAGUAUCGCGAUGCCAAGAGAAAGAAGAAGGAGAAGAAGAAAAAGAAGAAACACAAAGAAGGUUCAGAGGAGAGGCCCAGAAAGAAGGCCAGGAAGCACCAAGCAGAUGCGAGUGCAUCCCAAGCAAUGUCCAUGUCCUUGGCCUAUGGCGCCUAUGGAGCCUAUGGCUAUGGCGGGUGGAUACCAGGUAUGCCAUACCCGACCAUGCCAAGCAUGCUAAAUGCGGCAAGCAUGCUAAAUGCGCCAAGCAUGCAGAGUCGUGUGCCAAGCAUGCAGAGUGCUCCGAGCAGUAAGCCUUCGAACAUCUUCAGAGCGCCAGGCUCGAUGCUCAUUCCGGAGGCUGCUCCGAUGAUUCCGACACUGCACAGCGUCCUCACUGGUGAAGUGCAGAUGCUCACGCCUCGUGGGGCUCUCCUUCGACUGAGCGACCAAUCCCAAGUGCGCUACCUGGAUGGCUUGCUGCGACGCCGUCCCGAAGAGCCGGCGAAGAGCGUCGGCGCCAAGUGCUUCGUCAAGGUGGUGCGCAUCGAAGCUGGGAUGGUGAUUGUGGAAACCAAAGAUGUGGAUCAGGAAGUGGGCAAAGACCUGGAUCCUGAACACGAGAAGGCGGAAAUCGAGGAGUGGUUGGACGUGCCCAUGCGUUUGGUGGGUCGCGUGAUCGGCCGCAAGGGCGAGACGAUCCGCAAGAUCUGCGAGGAGAGCGGCGCUGAUUUGCGCUUUGACGAGACCGUUCGAGAAGAGCUAGGAGGAAACACCAAGAGGAAGACCACAGGUGGCACUGGAGAUGAUAUGCGCAAGUUCUUGGAGGCAGCGCAGGAGGAUGCCGAGCUCACAGCCAAGAUGGAGGAGGAGCCCCAAGAUGAGACAGCGGAGCCUGCCGACGACUUGCGGGCCUUCCUUGCAGAAGCACAGGCCGAUGCUCCACGAGCAGCGGAGAUCGAGAAUGAGGAGGAGGGAGAGGUCCAAGAGGCUGCAGGAGAUCUGGCCGCCUUCUUGAGGGCAGCCAAGGCCGACGAGGCCGAGCAGGCCGACCUCUCACAGCUUCCUGCCAGGAGCUUUGUCCCCGCGGUGGAGUUCAUCGCCUACUCCCUGGAGAACUGGGACGAGCUCCUCUAUCGGAAGAUGGGCGACGCCGGAGUCUCCCUGGUCUACCCUGAGAAUCUGUCGAUCACGGACAAAGAGGGACAAGCCGUGGACAUCGAGAAAGGCUUGAGGCAAAAGCAUUUCCCCAUCCGCGUGCGUUAUAUCCUGACCUCGGACACCUACGUGAAAGACUUGAAGCCUCAGGAGGAGGCGAAGAAGGAAGAUGCAGAGGUGAAGGUCAAGGAGGAAGAGGCCCCAGAGGAGAGGAAGAACACAAAGCCAGCCAAAGCCUCUGUGAAUAGGAAGGACGCGAUCUACGUCAGUGGUUUGGAGGGUCUCUCCAAAAAGCAAGUCUUCGAGGUCUUCAAGUCCAAGUCACUACCUUUGCCCUUGACCGUGGAUCGCGUCUCCUCCUCCGACUCCAUUUGUGUCUUCGCCGACGUGCAAGAUGCGCAGACGGCCAUGGGCGCGAUGGAAGCUCAUGGCCACGGGGUGCAGGUGCGUCUGGCAACCAUGGCCGAGAUUCGACAGAAGGCCUUCAACAGGUUCAAAGAAGUCCCCAAAGAGGAGUUCAUGCGUUUGCGCAUCAACGGC